GAAGUGUACCAAGAAGGAAUCGUCGUCUUCAGUGGUUAGAAAUUUGGGACCUGCCCUCAACGACGCCACACACGCGACAUAAUGAAAUCAUUUAUCUUUUGUAGAGUAAAUGACUUCCAAGAAAGAAAGUAAAUCUUUUGCACUUCCGGACGUUCUCCGUGACCUUGCGCUUCUUCGUGUCUCUCAAGUUCGACUGGAUUCCCUUGUGCCUACAUUCCCCAUAUCUCCUUCUCGUAACGCAGAGCUCGAUUCUGACUUGGAAAAGUCCUAUCAGUUUACCAAAGAGGCACGAGCGGCAAUCCGGCUACGAAACGCUGGAAAGGUUGAAGACGAAGCCGGUAGGCUGGAAGCUGUAAGGAGCGGUCUGGAGGAAUUUGUAAAGGGUAUUGAGGAUGGCAGAGUGUGAAUUUGAAGCACGGCAACUGUGGAAUAUUUUUCAAUGAAUAUCAUGGUCGUCUAGUCUCUGGAUUCGGACGUGUACGAUACUGUAUCUUGAUAUCUGCGGCAGAGCUCGUAGCCAUUCAGCGCCCCUCCCGCGCAGCUCAGCCUAGAGUCUGUUUCUCGGACUUAUGUUAACGAAGCUGCAGACGCAUAUCACAGUGGCAUAGCCAUACGCACAAAGCCAGCGGACAUCAACCUACAUCAACCCGCUUUAAGGCAGUGUUACUUCCUGUCAUUUCUCAAGAGCUUAGAGGAUUUGAUUCGAUGCUACAUUCAGUAGCAUCAAUGCUUAUCAUCUCUACUGUUACUUUCAUCAAUCCCAUAUCUGUCAGUCAUGCGCAUCUCCCGGGAACCUGCGUCAAUCGACGAAUCGACGACCUUAUUUCAUAGUC